UGAACGAUUCAACACGUACGAAUUGUUUCUCUUUGAAAAACUUUUUUUUUUUGUUGUUGUUUAUUUGUCUGUGGGUCUCCAUCGACGCACAGAGAAAAAAAACUCUUUUUUAAAGACAGAGAAGAGCAUUGUUGUUGUCAUAUUUUAUUAGUGGUAUUUAUAGUUAAAGAAGUGAACGGAAGAGAACAGAGAGCGAUUUAUGAUUAUUCAGAUUUGAUCGUGUGUCAACAAGUAACCUAUUGGAUUUUUUUUUCUUUGGAUUAACAACACUGACACGUAGAUCGAUAGAGAUAGAAAAAAAAGGUUGUAACGAUGCGUCGUGAAGUGGCAACGAUUUAAAAUCCAGCAAAAAACACAAUUUACUCGAAGAAAAUAAAAUCCGAAACAAUUUAGUGUAAUGGAGACCAUGGAGUGGUCGGAAGGAGACUUGGUUUGGUUCGAUACAAACAUCGGCCAUCCGUUGCCAGGGGAAAUUCAAGAAGUUCAUCGGGCCGCACAAGUCAUCAUCGUUCAAGCUGUUAUUAAUGGAAAGGUGAGUCAUUUGGUUUUGAAUUCAAUGAGAAUUGUGCGCUUUCAUUUGGAACCAUGGCAAAAAGGCGGCUCGGGCCUUAGUAGUCCGUCGUCAGUGUCAUCGUUACCGAUUCUAUCGGAAUCGGUGUUGAGACGACAACGGUGCUCUAGCAUUGACGAUCUAUCCAAUAUUGACACUAAUCUAUUUGAACGACGAUCGACAUCACAUUCAUCUAAUUCAAGACACAGCAGCUGUUCGAAACGAAAAGUACCACAAAUGGUGAAGCGAUUGACCAUUUUAUGCAGCGAUGUUUUGGCCAAAAAUCCACAGACCUUCACAUUGGGCCCUGGUGAAGGUAGCCUCCAACGUCGCCAGGAUCUGGGCAGUGGUGGUGUAGAUGAUAUGACCCAAUUAGAAGACUUGCACGAAGCGUCUCUACUAUGGAACUUACGGAUCCGUUACGAUGCCGGUCAAAUUUAUACAUUUGCUGGCUCCAUACUGAUUGCUGUCAAUCCAUACAAAAUGAUUCCCGAUUCGUAUGGCAUUCAAAUGGCGAAAAAAUAUGCUGGCAAACCGUUGGGAACGAUGCCACCGCAUUUAUUUGCAAUUGCAGCCGCAGCUCAUGCUGCUUUGCCAACACCGCAAGUGAUUGUAAUUUCCGGUGAAUCCGGUGCCGGAAAAACUGAAUCAACGAAACUAGUGAUGCAAUAUUUGGCAGCUGUGGUGCCGGGCGGUGGAAGUGCAUCAGCUGUUAUAACUGAACAAAUACUCGAAGCAGGUCCAUUACUCGAAGUAUUCGGUAAUGCACGAACAACCAGAAAUGACAAUUCAUCCAGAUUUGGGAAAUAUGUUGAAGUUUAUUUUAAAAAUGGUGCCAUUGUUGGGGCAAAAAUUACACAAUAUCUAUUGGAAAAGUCUCGCAUCGUUACACACGCACCGGGAGAACGGAAUUAUCACGUUUUUUAUGAACUAUUUGGCGGAUUGAGCGAAAAUGAACGCGCCAAAUACGGAUUGCUCGAUGUUAACAAGUAUUUUUACUUGAAUCAAGGCGGAUCGGACUGUGGACCGGGCCGCGUUGAUUGGGCAUCACUUCAAGGUGCCAUGCAGGUUCUGGGCGUUUCCGACAAAGAACAAAAUGGAAUAAUACGCAUGCUGGCGUCGGUACUGCACUUGGGAAAUAUCUACUUCCAUCGUCGUCAGUUAAGACACGGACAAGAAGGCGUUGAAUUGGGUUCUGAUGCCGAAGUCAAAUGGGCAGCACAUUUACUACAAAUAUCCGACGAGGAUCUAUAUCGGACACUUACAACUCGAGUAACAGAAACAAGAGCCGAACGGUUGUAUACGCCAUUGGGCAUUGAUCAAGCACUCGACUCUCGGGAUGCAUUCGCCAAAGUGCUUUAUUCUGGUCUUUUUAAUUGGUUGGUGUCUCGUAUCAAUUCAAUUGUGCACAAAGGUGGAACUCACGACGCAUUUCGCAUUUCAAUCCUCGAUAUUUUCGGUUUCGAAGAUUUUCCCGAAAAUAGUUUCGAACAACUUUGCAUCAAUUAUGCAAAUGAAAACCUCCAAUUGUAUUUCAAUAAGCAUGUCUUCAAACUGGAACAAGCCGAAUACGCUCGUGAGCGUUUAGAAUGGAAUCCGAUGCCAUGGGAGGAUAAUUUGCCGGUAAUACACUUAUUGGCCAAGAAACCGGUUGGCAUUUUCCAUCUCUUGGACGACGAAUCGAAUUUUCCGCGUGCCAGUGAUUUAAGUUUUUUGGAAAAAUGUCACUACAAUCACGCCCUGAACGAACUGUACUCGCGUCCGCGUAUCGGUGCCCAAGAGUUCGGUGUAACGCACUAUGCCGGUCAAGUUUGGUACAAUGUCGAAGGAUUUUUGGAGAAAAAUCGUGAUGCCGUUCGACCGGAUGUGCUUGAAUUGCUCACCACCAGCGACCUACCAAUCAUGAAAGAGAUUAUCAAACAAUUACGUGCCCAGAGAGACAAUACAAAAUCACUGCCACGCGGUGCAAAUGGUCGUUUUGUCACAAUGAAACCGCGUACACCAACGGUUGCUGCCCGAUUUUCGGAUUCUUUGCAGCAUUUGCUUCAAUCGAUGGCCAAAUGUAAUCCAUGGUUCAUACGUUGUGUGAAACCAAACAAUGAUAAACAUGCACUGCGCAUGGAUAUGCCAUGUGUAUUGCAGCAACUUCGUUACUUGGGCAUGCUGGACACAAUUCGAAUUCGUCAAAAAGGCUAUCCGGUUCGAUUGCGUUUCCAACAUUUUGUCGAACGGUAUCGUCACAUGCUAAAAGCACCACUUCCCCGUGGUACACCGUAUCGUGAUUUGUGCCGAAGUGUGCUAGAAACAAUUCCAGCAACACCGGUUGAUGGGCCCGAUUUUCAAUUGGGCGCCACUCGUGUUUUUCUACGCGAGGCCAUUCAUCGUGUGCUGGAAAGUAAUCGCAGUGAACGUCAACGUGAUGCGGCCGUCAUUAUUCAACGAAACGUUCGUAAGAUGUUGACCAAAAAGCAUUCAUUGCGGCGCAAACGUGCAGCGACCAAAAUUCAAACGGCUUGGAAAGGAUAUCGUGAUCGUAAGCGUUAUCACAAUUUGAAACGUGGAACCGUUCAAUUGCAAGCACUGUAUCGUGGACGACGUCAACGAAAAAUGUAUCAAAAGCUCAAGGCUGAAUUACAGCGUCGACGAAAUUUGGAGCGAACAAAACGAGAACGACACCAGAAGGCAAUGGCUGCCGUUGAACAAGAACGAAGUCAUGUCGUUCAAUUGGACGUCCCGGCUGAAUUGGCAUUCAUCUUUUCGAAGUUAGACGGAUGGAGUUCACUGCAUGGUGAUCGUAAUUUGGUUAAGGUCGUCGGAACCGUACCUGGGCCACCGAACACAUUCGAUUUGCCGGGUGAUUUGGAUCAAUUUGCAUUCAGUAAAUUCAGCUCGGUUUAUUGCAAUGGCGUAAAAUUGGCACCACGUCGCGAACCAAUCACGACACCAUUCUUAUCACGAGCCGCAUCACGGGAUGAAGACUUCCAAAGUUCGCUGGCCGUCUUUAAAUUGAUUUUACGAUGGGCAAACGAUAAAAAUCUGGACAGUGCCAAAGAAAAGGCACUCGCUGACUACAUUGUGCAUAAAGGUCAGUCAUCGCGUAGCGUACGUGAUGAGAUUUACGUUCAACUCUGUAAUCAAGUCUACAAAAUGGAUGAAAUGCAAUCAAUUCGCCUGUGGCAGUUGAUGGGUCAUUGUUUGUCGUCAUUCCAACCGGGUCCCGCUUUGCAUAAAUAUUUAAUCAAAUUUAUCGUUGACAAUGCACCGUUGCCGAUUAAAGAAUCACUAUUGCGCAAGCUUUUACGAAAUUCUGCAUCACAAUUGAGUACCUGUCGUUUGUAUCCACCGACUUGGUUGGAAUGGCGUGCAAAUGCACGAAAUUCCGACAUUGCACUCAGUUUAACAUUGCCAGACGAUGCAACACAAACGGUUGCCAUUGAUUCAUGGACGACGUGUGAAGAGGCGGCCACCUUGGCACUUUCAUCAUUGACCGUGCCACCACAAGGAUGGACGGUUGUACUUGACGAUUCGGGAUUGGUAUCCGAUUCAAACGGUUUGGAUUUCGUUUUGGAUUUGAUUUCAGAGAAAGAACUUUGUCCAGCAUUCCCAACGGUUCGUAGCGAUCUAUUGAGAUGCGGACGAAAGAAUUCGAAAAUUUCGGUUGCACAAGAACCGGAAAGUCCAAAUCCAAAACGACCGAAUAUACCACCACCCGAACCACCGAUGAAACGACAUUCGAUGAAUGAACGGAUUGCAGAACAACCCAUUCCACAGCCGGUGGUUGAUAACAAACCCGAAUUUGGUAAUCGCAAUUUUGAAAGCGUUCAACGCAAAACAUCACAUGAUCUAUUGUCGAGAAAUUCAGCGCUUAAUGAUCGAUACUUUGAAACGGAGAAAACACGAUCGAAAUCAAUGGACGAUUUAUUGGCGGGUGAAAGUGUUGCUGAUAGCAAUGCCGAAGUUAUUUCACAAACCGAACAAGAUGAAGAAAAUGAAGAAUUGGCCGAACUGGGAUUGUCGGAGAGCAGAUUGAACGAUAGAUAUCAUUCGGUUGAACGAUUAGCACCGUUGAGAGAAACACCACGGUAUCAGAAAUAUGCAGGCAGGCGAUCGGCCGGACAUUCGAAUAAGUAUAUGGAACGAACCGAUUAUGCGACCAGAUCAUCGGCCAUGUCGGACACAAGUGAAGCUCCAUCGCUUGCAAGUCACGUGCGCCGCGUUCGUGUACCUUCAAACGUGGAUCAAUUCUCAGACGUUGAUCAAUACUUGGAUGAUUUGUUCAGUCCAGUCUUGGAUGGUUCGUUGGACGAAUUGUCCGAUGCGCGAUCAUUAUCAACUAGUAUUCGUGGUGGACGAUCGGAUUUCUUUGAAGCACCCGAAAUUAAUCAAGAUUUUGACGAUUUACAAUCAGCAAAUAAAUUGGAACGCGUAAUUAAAGGAGGUGGCCAUAAAAAUGAUGGUAAAGAAAACGACACAAACAUUGAUAAAGAAGUCGAAGAUUUGACUAGUUCCGGAAUUUCAUUAGACGACUAUAUUACAGAGCUCUUCCAGCCGAUCUUCGUAAAUGAUUCGCUAAAACGUUUAACCGAAAAGACCGAAUUGGCUGACUCAAUCAAAGGAGGCGGUACCGCUCAUCAAACUCAAAGUUCAUCAAAUGGCUAUGGAACGCCAUCAAAACUGAAUCCAGUCCUAGUAAUGGGAACCAAUCCCGAAAACUUCACAUCAACAUCAUCGGUUGACAAAACAGAUUUGUCACGAGCCUUCUUAAGAUCGGCAAUGGAACAAAAUCUGCAAAUUCAACAACAAUUGUUGGCUCAAAAUCAAGCUUUACAAACGCUCCUAAGUCAACAAGACACUGGCACUGCGUCCAGUUCAAAAAUCACGCCACGCAAACAAAGUUUCAAAUCGCGUCCAUCCUCUUCGCCAUUCAAUGGUGAUUUCGAUCGAAAUCGAAAGUCUUCUGCUGAAAGUAAUUCACAUGUUCCACCGCCACCACCACCGCCAAUGCCUCCGCCAAUUGAAUUUAACGAUCCGUCUGGUUCGCGGCCAUUCCUCGAUCCAUACGGUCGCGCCAAAACGGUUCGCAUUGGCAAAUGGGUUUGGCCACCAAAAGGCAGCAGUGCUCAAGCGCCAACCGAUGAAAAUUUCAUGGAAUUCAAAAUGCGACAAAAUCAACGAAAAAAUACACCACAAUCGAAUACCAGUUCACCGAACAGCGCUCAAAUUGAAUGGGAUGAAUUCGAAAAUGUGGAAAAUGUAAUUGUGAAAAAUGGCAUGAGUGCAACCAGUACGCCAGCACAAAAUUCACGUAAAUUCAGUCAAGAAAAUAUUAUCCAAACAACGACAACAACAACAACACAUGUUACAAAGGCGGGGCGUCGAAGUUUCGAAAUUGGAGCUGAUCGUCCGCCACCGGGUAGUGUGGGUAAAUUGAAAUUGAGCUCAGAAAUGCGACAACGUUUGGAACAAGUGACCGCGGGUCAUUCGGUGCGAUCAUCAACGAGCACCGAAUCAAAUCAACGUGCACCGGCCAAAUUGGAAGAUGCACGGCGAAUGAUGUUGCAACAACAGUUGGGUGGUAUGUUUGGAUCGAGCGAUAAAUUGGAUGAACCAGAUUUGCCAUCGGUUCGAACUCAAGUUAAACGAAUGGAAGCGGCAAAAGGUGUCAUUCCACCAGCUCCGAAAUUCCCACCGCCACCAAUUCCUGGUAUGAUGCAACCCAUACAGAAACAACAGCAGCAACAACAGCAGCAGCAGCAGCAACAGCAACAACAGGAACAACAAGAAAUUCCGUCGUUCUAUCAGAAACGGCAUGACCGUGACACCUUUGGUAUUCAUCAAUCGCAACAGAAUUGGAAUGGUUCCGAAAUUUCAAAAGACACAUACGAUUCAUGGGGUCGAGCCGAAGCGGCCAAACAUGACAUUUUCGAUCAUAAAAAGGAGAAAAAUGAACGUGAACCACGAUCAAGAUCGCGAUCACGUGAUCGAGAGAAUUUCAGCGAAUCGGUUUGGGACCGCAAUGAAGUGGAAGGUGAAAGCGAAACCCGCGAACGCAUGAAGGAACGCGAAAAACACGAUCGCAUCUAUGAAAUGAAGCAAGUCGAACGUGAACGUGAAAGUCAAAAAGUGUAUCAACCGUCAUCGUCAAACAAAGUGCAAUUGUUUGAAAAAGAAAAGGCAAUCAAAAAAUCACCAGCUCAAAUGAUUGAACGGGCCACAUUCAAAACACAUAUGGCUCGAAUGGAUCGAGAGAGGAAAACUUCAGCAUCAACACAAAUCACACAAAGCACUGAUAAACCGGACGAUAUGACCGACAUUGAAUGGCCAUCAAAUGCACCACCCGCACCAGUGCCACCGGUAUCAAAAUUGCCAGCGGCAGCUUGUUUAACUUAUAAUCGUGUGCCAUGGAAAUUACGUGUACGUAAAGAAGUAUUCCAUCCAACCGAAUCGAUUAGUUCGCCAGCAACACUUGAUUUACUUUUCGCUCAAGUGGCAGCCGAUGUAUUCGGUUUGACAUCAUGCUUACGCAUUUCACCGCAAGAAAAACGAAAUGCAUUGAAUUUACUGGCUGGUCACGGUGUCACCGUUGAAACAUUGAAAAAUCAACAAGUUCGUGCCAUUGUAAAGCGUCACAUGAUUGACAUGGCCCGUGGUUGGCCAUUGUAUUUUGCCAGAUUAUUCAUUGUUAGCGGUUCAACACAAUUUCCAGAGGUGACUUUGUUGGCAGUUUCACAUAGUGGCGUUUAUUUGGCACGCCGCGAACCGGAAUUUGUCAGCGUUGUUCGUUCUGUGCCAUUGGCCGAACUACAAGGGGCUAUCACCUUGCCGCGUCCGGCAGCACUUCAACUUAAUUUGAAGAAUGGUAAUCGCAUCGUUCUUCAUGCACCACGGGCUACCGCUAUUCAAAUUACGAUUCAGACAUUCUGUCAGGAGUAUAAGAAGGUCCAAUCAAAGGCAUCAACAAUAUCGUCCGGAGCUCGAGCGGCUGCCCAAACAUUGAAUGUUCCAAUCGAGCGGCUCGAAGCUCAAGUGCACGGUGCUGUCAAAUCGCCCGGUUCACCAACAGUGAACAAUAAUCACUAUGAAAAAAAUCAUCGUCAUCACAGCACCGUCGACGAAAUCAUUCCCAGUCAUCUCGAACAAAAUGGCAAACAUACAUCACAACCGCACAGUUAUGUAUCACAAGAAUCAUCACAUUCAAAAUCACAUCAUUCACCGGCCCAAUCACCGCAACAGCAUUCGAUGUCACCGCAACAUGGCCACCACAAAAAUGGCAUGGCCAUCGAAAACGGCCAACUAAUACAUUCGGACGAACAAGAUGAUCAACAACAAUUCUCGGCAUUAAGCGCAAUGCAACCAACACCAAUUGCAAAUGCCAAGUACACACUUCUUCAAUUUGCCAUGCAACAUUUUCGCGAUGAUAAUCAAGCGAUUGAAGACCAUGAAUUGAAUGGCCGUGCCAAAAAGCGUUCAACAUCAUCACGACCACAUGCUGACUUGGUGAAAUGGCAAGGAACUCCAAUUCGUAGUCCAUUGUUACGUUUACCGGUUGAGCUAUCGCCGUUGGCUAUUGAAUGCUUUGAAUGUAUUCUACGGUAUUGCGGCGACUUACCACCCGAUCCAGAACUUACGGAAGUCAAAUGCGUUUAUACAAUUUUAAUGCAUUGUCACAAGCAUCUAACACUUCGCGAUGAAGUCUACUGUCAAUUGAUGAAACAAACAACAUCGAAUCGAUCAUCAAAUCCGGAUUCGUGUCAAAGAGCCUGGCGUCUAUUGAGCAUUUUAGCGGCAUAUUUCAGCUGUUCCGAUGCAUUGAAACCAUAUUUGAUGGAACACUUAACGGCUGCUGCAUCGGAUCGUCGUCGAACUGCACACGGAACGGCUUCGGUGUGUCUUUCAAAUUUGCGUAAAACGGCUCGCUGUGGUGGACGAAAAAAUGUGCCCAGCGUUGAAGAAGUGACGGCAGUUAGUGCGGGACGGUCUGCGCGUCGUCAAAUCUAUCGUUUACCUGGUGGUGCUGAACGUGUUGUGAACACACGUGGUUCGACAGUUGUGGCUGAUGUAAUUUCUGAAUUGUGUGCUUUGCUUGGAAUUGAUUCGCCCAUUGAACAGCAAGAAUUUUCCUUGUAUUGUAUUGUGCAAGGCGAUGCAUUCACAAUGCCGUUGGCAGCCGACGAAUACAUAUUGGAUGUGACAACGGAACUAUUGAAAUCUGGUCAACCGUUUUAUUUGAUUUUUUGUCGUUCAGUUUGGCAUUUUCCAUUGAAACGUGAUCCAAUGCCAACGCUGCUAUAUGUUGAAGUGUUAUUCAAUCAAGUUGCACCCGAUUACCUGGAAGGAUUGUUGCUUGAAUUGCCUGGUGGUGGUGCUCCACCGCCUGAUGUUGUCCGUGACAUGGCACGCAUUGCUGUACUUUUACAUCGUGCCGCCGAUGUGAAUCAUGUACCAGCAAUGAAAGAGAUUAAAUUUUUAUUGCCAAAACCGGCGCUUGGCAUUCGUGAACUACGACCAGCACAAUGGGUGGCACUGGUGCAAUCGGCUUGGCCAUCGGUUGCCGGUUUGGAACCGGUUCAAGUGAAAGCACAAUUUUUAGCCUUUCUCGCCGAAUGGCCAUUGUUUGGCAGUAGCUUCUUUGCCGUGCGAAAAGUAUGGGCUGAAGAUGGUUUAGCCGACGAUUCUAGUCCAAUUUGGAAGGAAAUCAUUUUAGCAUUGAAUCGACGCGGUGUCUUGUUCCUUGAUCCAAACACACACGAAACGCUACGACAUUGGCCAUUCAUGGAAGUCAUUUCGACGCGAAAGGUUCGUUCCGAAGACGGUGCAUUGUUCUUGGAUAUGAAAGUGGGCAAUUUAAUGCAACAACGUGUGAUUCGUGUGCAAACGGAGCAAGCGCACGAAAUAUCGCGUUUAAUUCGACAAUACAUCACAAUGGCCCAAAUGAGCCGACCAGAUCGACGCGAAUGAAUGCACACGACUCAACAGAUGCAAAAAUAAGAGAAAGCGAAUUCGCAUGUUUUUCUUCGAUUCAAUAAAUUCAGUUAUUUUUUGUUGUUGUAUAGAUUAUCGGGUUUAAAAAUGACGUUAUAAUUAAAACAAAGCAAACAAUGUUA